CUCACUCUCUCCCUCCCUCCCUCCCUGAAUCUUUCGUCUUCGAAAUCCACGAAAUGAUGCUUCAAUCCACAGUCUCCCAAUCCCUCCUACAGAAUCGUCACGUAUAUCUAUCAUCAUCAACUUCGCACUCUUCCUCUCUACCGUCAACAUUUCGCGGUUCUGUAUCUUUUCAGGGAGUUAACAACAUCGGUUUCCCAGUCGUAAGAUAUAAGAUAUCGAAUGCCUUCGGCAACAAAACAGUCGAUUACGAGAAAAGGCCGCCGCAGCAGCUGAAAUGGAAUGGGAUAUUCAAGAAGUUAUCGCUUAUGGAAGACCCCAAAAAAGGCGCGGCAAGUGUUUUGAAUCAUUUGGAGAAAGAGGGUAAGUUAAUUUCCAAGUGGGAACUUUCCAGAGUCAUUAAAGAGUUGAGAAAAUUCAGACGCUUUAAGAUAGCUCUUGAGGUUUAUCAGUGGAUGAACAAUAGAGCAGAGAGAUUCAGAACAACUUCUAGUGACACAGCGCUUCAGUUAGACCUAAUUGCUAAAGUUCAUGGAAUAGCAAUUGCUGAAGAGUACUUUCAGAAACUGCCGGAUAAGAUAAAGGAUAAGAGAACUUAUGGAGCUCUCUUGAACUCCUAUGGAAAGAUAAAAAUGAAAGAGAAAGCCGAAUUGUUAUUAGAUGAUAUGAAGAGUAAGGGUUACGCAAAUCACUGUCUUCCCAUGAAUGUGAUGAUGACUAUGUAUAUGAGCUUGAAAGAAUUCGAUCAAGUAGACGCUAUUAUCUCAGACAUGAAGCAGAAAAGGUUACCUUUGGAUUUGUAUUCCUAUAACAUUUGGUUGUCAUCAUAUGGUUCCCGAGAUUCUGUAGAAGGGAUGGAAAGAGUGUUUAAUGAAAUGCAACAGGAUGCGACGAUUAAUCCAAACUGGACAACGUUCAGCACGAUGGCUACAAUGUACAUUAAACUAAGGCAACAUGAGAAAGGAGUUAUCUGCUUGAAGGAGGUUGAGAGCCGAAUAACAGGCAGGGAUAGAAUUCCUUACCACUAUCUGAUAAGUUUGUAUGGGAAUAUGGGAAACAAGGAGGAAGUUGGACGAAUAUGGGGAAUUUACAAGUCAAUAUUUCCUAUCGCGACUAACUUGGGUUACCACACGAUGAUUUCUUCAUUGGUUCGUCUCGAUGACAUCGAAUGGGCCCUAACGGUUUAUGAGGAAUGGUUAUCGGUUAAGACGUCGUAUGAUCCUAGGAUUGUGAAUUUACUUAUGGGGUGGCAUGUGAGGAAUGGAAAAAUGGAGAAAGCCGAGGAAUUGUUUAACCAUAUGGCAAAAACCGGAGGGAAACCUAAUGCUGCUUCGUGGGAGAUUCUUGCAGAAGGUCGAAUUCAAGAGAAUAGGGGUUCGGAUGCAUUGUCUUGCUUGAAGGAGGCUGUUGCAACUAUAGUGGAAUCCAAUAAUUGGAAGCCGAAGCCUGUCAAUGUAGCGUCGAUUUUGAAGCUAUGUGAGAAGGAAGAAGAUAGUGUUAGUAAGGAAGGGUUGUUUGAGUUGAUGAAAAAAACAAAAUGUUUUGAAGAUGCUGGUUAUAUGUCUUACAUUCCUUUAGAUGGAAAAGAAUUCAAAAUGAUACAGGCAGAGGCAGGUGAUGAUGAUUAUGAAGAACAUAACCAGGAGGGUGAAGAUGUUGAAGAAGAAGCUGAAACACUUGUUAUCCAACUUUAAGGGACCCAUAUGUAGGAUUCCAUCCAUCAUCAAUAGCCAUUAAUCACAUGUAAUCACAUGAAAAGUAUGGCAACCUACCAAUCCACUACCUUCCAUGGUUUGUCCUAUUCAA